AUGGAAACAACUCCGGCCGCCAAAGAACGAAACGAGUUGUUUCAAAAGCUCAAGCCAUGCUGCGUUAAAGUGAGCCAGCUGGCGAUCCGGGAGUCUGGGGACCCAAAGACUCACCGGGAAGUCCUGGAGCUUGUCAACCAGAUCCUCGCCAUCUUGAACGAGCAAAUCUCCAAGAGUCCACUGGCUCUUGACGAAAAGCUGGCGGAAUAUGUAUUUUUCCCACUCCAUCACAUCUUUCGCCAGCUAGAACGAUAUCCCAUGAACGUGGUGGAAGAUUGCGUCAAAUGUCUGAAUAUCCUCAUCGUUCACGGGUGGAAGUCUAGAAUAUCCGCUCAGCUGGUACAACAGAUAUUCAGCUUCCUCAUAUUCAUCAUCGAUGGCGUUCCGGGGUCUCCCAAGAGAGAAAUCCCCGAAGAGACGGUGCUUGAGGCGUUCCGAGCCGAAACUGCGUUGCUUAUCACCGCAGGCUCGUCGGCCACGGCGGCGGCGGGCCUCUCUGAAUCAGAGUCUAUGCCAGCAUUGGGCCAUGGAAUCACAGUCAUGCUGGACGGAGUUUCGGAAGGUGCAAACGCAGAGAUUCAGCGCGAGGCACUGAGGACAUUGGAAGCCGCCUAUGGAGCCAUCAAAGAGCAUGCUGCGCUGGCCAGUUUUCUCCCAGGAACAAUUUCAUCAUUUGCCACGCUGUUAUCGAAACCUUCUCGAUAUAAGAAGCUGGUAAUAGCUAAAUGUCUGGAGACCGUGCGAGUGGUCCUAACACGGGUGCUGUCUGACUUGCGGACACGAUCCAUUAUCGCCAAAGAAGCCGAAAGCCAGAGCGAUGCCGACAAAUCCAAAGUUCUCAGCCCGGCAUGGCUCAAGGCUACUGUGGCCCAAGUUCAGGUGGCUCUGUCAGUGAUGAUGAGGCUACGGACACAUGAAGCGCCUGAAGUCCGUGAGGCUCUGGGCCGACUAUGCAUAACUCUACUGGACGAAUGCCAUACUACCCUAUCAAACUGCACAACCAUCCUCGUCGAGACAUCAGUGAUUCUUGAUCAAGGAUCUGAUCAAGACUCCAUGACCGAAACGAGCCUGGGGUAUCUGGUAAAUAUAUAUCCUGAGCUGGGAGAAUGCAUCAAAUCUACAGUCUAUAAUUGGAUGUCGAGCCUUCCUCGCCUUGUGCAGGCAAGUGACGAGAAGGUAAAAGAGCAAGCAGUCUACAAUCUGGCCAAGGGAAUUGAAUUGUUACGAAGCCUAAGAAUCGAGUCGUCAACGCUCGAUGAUUCAAUCAGCAGUACUUUGAGAGAAAGCAUCAUGGCAAUCGUCAGUACGUCAAAAGUACAACAAUCUAAUACCACCAGACCUGUAUUACUGCUCGAUGAUGGGUCUUCGGCUUCAGUCACGACGGGUGAACCGCAAUUCCAGCCGGUGCUGUUAGGCCACGAAGGGCAGAGAAGACUAAAGAGCGAGAUAUUGAAUCUCGUACGGACUGUGGGCUCCAUAUCUCAGCAUGCGCUGACUGCAUAUUGGCUGUGCUUUGAGUUGAUCAAAGCUUCACAUGCCGGCUCUGAAGAUACAGACGCGCUGCUCGAUCUAUCUGCAUUCACUGACCAGUCAGAAGAUGUAAAUCAAGUCUUCGACGAGUUAUACGACUUCUCCGUUCAAGUACUAGACUCGCACACGGAGAUGGCGCAGGUUGACUGGCGUUUGGAAGCCAUUGCUCUCGAGAUUAUGGCAUACGCUGCCCAGAGAUCGGGUGAGAAGUUUAGACCAGAGCUCAUCGAUGUGCUAUUCCCUGUUGCCACAUUCCUAGGCUCGGAUAACGGCAACCUGCAGCAACAUGCCAUUGCAACGCUAAACAGCAUAGCACUGUCUUGUCAAUAUUCCAACGUCUCAGAAUUGAUCAUUGACAACGUCGACUACAUGGUCAACUCGGUCUCGCUGCGGCUGAAUACGCUGGAUAUCUCCCCGGCAUCCACACAGGUCCUGCGAAUGAUGGUACGGCUGGCUGGGCCUGGUCUGGUGCCGUUUUUGGAUGAUGUCGUCGAGUCAAUGUUUGCUGCUCUAGAAAACUACCACGGAUACACAUCUUUCGUAGAGAGCCUUUUCUCCGUCUUGAAGGAGAUUGUGGACCAGGCAACCCACGCAGACGGCCGGCUCUUGACUGACGCCGAGCGGUCAUCCACUAACCACAAGAAACAGGCACAAGCGAUCGAAAGCUUAGAUAUGCUUCUGGAAAUCCUCGAUAGGCGCAAACAGAGAGAAGAACGUGAUAAGGCCGAGAUGGAAAACACAGAGGCCAAGAGCGGACACCCUGGAGUUCCGUGGACGAGCGACUUGGCCCAGGGACAAGACGACCAAGAACAAGAAGAGCCCCCCAGAGAGCAGGAAAGACCACCAAAUUCGCCAACGUACCAGCUUGUUCAACGUGUAGCAACGCUCACGCAGCACUACUUGACUUCUCCGACCCCGACGCUGCGAAGGUCCCUCCUGGAACUCGUCACUGCGGCAUCGUCCGUCCUCGCCGCGGACGAAGAUUCCUUUUUGCCCCUCGUCAACGCCAUCUGGCCCGUGAUCAUCACCAGGCUUCGCGACCCGGAGACCUUUGUCGUCGUCGAGGCUUGCGAAACGCUCUCUGGGCUGUGCAAGGCGGCGGGCGAUUUUCUGAGCACUCGCUGGAAAACAGAAUGGGGUCCUCUCUCGCAGGCCGGAUCAGGGAAGGAUAUUGUGAUUCCUAUACGGUCCGGCGAUGGCUUUCAAGUCACGCCAAGGGCCAUCGGAGGAGGAGCAGAACAGGCUUUGAGUGGUGGACUCGGCCAGCAUGCGUCUCCAGUUCGGAUCUGGGAGGCAGUGGUGAAGCUACUCACAGCCAUCAUAUCGUACGUGCGCGUAGAAGACGACAUGUUUGAUGAGAUCUUGGACCUCCUAGCGGAUGUCAUGGAGAAGAACCAGGAAGUAAGGGAAGCUUUGGAGGUUAUCAACGCCGACGCCGUCUGGGCUGUGAGAUAUGAGCGUGGUCUUGUCGAAUGGACUCCCGCCCCGGUAUUGGAGGGCGUAGUAUUCCCUGAGAUGGAAAGGAUAUCUUGA